UAAUUACUUGCACUACUAGUCAAAGUAGUUUUGGAGCCAAAACUCAUGCAUCUUGGCACUAGCUCACUACUUGGGUACUUACAGUAGAGUAACUACGGACCGCCCAAACUUUCUUUAAUCUUCUAUCUUACAAUUCAUCUUAUAUGCAUCAUUUCAUGUACUGAUUCAUCUUACUUGGAAUCGGUGCGACUUCCAUCUCCGCAGUCUACCCCCUCAAGUCUUAUAAUCCUCUGCUGUGCCGAAGAGUUUAAAGUAACUUCACAAGCAAGCUCGAACGACGUUUCCGUGUAGGUGAUUUUCAGAUCUCCGAACUACCGAAAGCCAAAUCUACAACCAUCUACAUUCCGUGAAAGUUGAGCUUCUUAGGAAUUGUUCUAUCUUUUUCCUACCAUUCCAAUCGAGAUUUCGUACGUUGAAAAAUACAUCUGCAGCCAGCUUUCACGUUGCCGGAAUUUGAUUCUAAAACGACGCACGUACCCCAAACGAUACGAUCCAUGGGUCACGAGGAAAUCCAGGGGAAUAUCUGAUCUGUGUUAUAAUCUACUCUUGCAACCAUCUACAAAGUCUCCAAUCAUGUCCCAACCAAUCUAUGGCUCCAACGAACCAUUAGGGUCCGAUGUAGAUGGAAUGAACCAUUCAGAUUCGAUGAAUGCAACCGGUAAGAAAGCCGGUGAAAAGAAACGAGUAUCCCGGGCUGGAACUCGCAGUGUAUCGACUUUGAGCCCUGCCCAGCUAGCAAGGAAAAGGGCCAAUGAUCGUGAAGCGCAGCGGAACAUUAGAUUGAGAACUAAGGAGCAUAUUGAGAGAUUGGAGGCCCGUAUUGAAGAGCUUACCUGCGGUCGUGAACCUGGUGUAGAGCUCGAAGAGGUGCGGAGGCGCAAUGAGGAAUUAGAGCGAGAAGUAAGACAAUUGAGUGAAAGUCUGGCACAGUUGAGGGACGAUGAUAGCUCGAGUCCGGAUCGAUCUUCUAUGUUGAAUCUUGGACAAACUGCAAUCAUGCCUGGCUCGUCAGCACGAGAUGUCCGUCCAGCAAUGGCCUCAACUAGGUCUGUUAGUUCUGGAGCAGGGUGGUACCAACCACUACCUCCGAGAAAUCCAUCUGGUACUAACAGGCACUCAUUCAGCAUGUCAUUCGGGCCUAUGGAUAUGGCAGCACCAAUAUCGGGGCCAGCUUCCACCAGUGCUUUGGAUGAGACUAAUCGAUUUUCCUAUUUUGAUCCGAUUCCCGCUGUGAACUUCAAUGAUGUAGGAAACUGGGCCCCAAGAUCUAUGCCAUCAGAUAUCGUUCAAGAUUCCCGCCUAGCUACCCCGCAGCCGCGGUCUUUGGUACCACAAAGUCUUACAUCUCCAGUCAGACAAGCAAUACCGCCAUCCUUGCCGCCAUUUCAGUCACUUCAACCUUGGGCUCUACCCAUACUCAACACAUCGACGCCGACGUGUGGAGUUGACACAUAUCUAAUGAAUAUCAUAAACGGACAAAAAGAACUCGCGAGACAGGGAGCACCCGAAGCUCAAAUCAUUGGACCCUCUCAACCUAGUAUGAAGGCGCUUAUCUACCCUGAUGACCCAAAUCAGACCCACGUGGUCUCUACAAUCAUUUCAAAUCUUCUUACAAACCUUGCCGUCAAAGGUCUCGCCGAACGUGCAGGCUGCCUCUAUCUAAUGUAUCACAUUUGCCAAUGGCAAAUCUAUCCCUCAUCGUCGACGUACGGAAAUUUGACAGAUUGGACUUCACCUCGAACAUCCCAGCUCAUCACAGCUCAUCCCUUGUGGGCAGAUUCCAUAUUCUGGGGCAAACUCAAAGAUAGGGUAAUUGAAAAGCAAGACAUUUAUGCCAACGAAGAUUUUCAGAAUGCAUAUAUACUUUGCAUCAAUGCGAAUUGGCCACGUCCGGAUCUGGAAGCAUUUAGGUUCGAAGGUGACGAUAUAUUUAUUACAGAAGAGUUUGAGAAUCACAUCAAAACUCUGUCAAACUGGAGCUUGGACGAAAGAUUUGCUGCUAGAUAUCCCGAACUAGCACCUUUGGUGAAAAUAUCCGGAUUAGGGGAAAUGGGAUUGCAAGGACCCUACGUAUUUUAAUGAGAAUAGUUUGCGGAGUAUAGGCGUUGUUAGACUACAAACAGGUUCAUGGAGACAUGAAAAUACCAAGGACAUUUGUGGUGGGAAACAUGGACACAGUGGAGAUUGAGACUGGCUCCAGUAUAAACGAAGAAACGAAGUUAUGACUUGAAACGUUCUUCAUUCCACUGUAACUAAGAGCCUCAGGAUUCAAGUGGCCAAAUGAAACGUCAGCCACCACUUCGAGUAUAAUAAACUUUAUCAUAUAGAUUGGAUCGAGAUUGUGGUGAACUCUAAAACCACUGUGUGGGGAUUUCAAGGAAAAUACAUAGGAAGAGGUACAUAUAAAGAUGGAGAUAUAAUGAUGAGUAUAUUUACGAGACCACUAAUCUUCGUAAUUGACCGGCCAUGUAGAUCUUAUUCCGGCUCACACUAACAAACUCUAUUGUACUGUCCGUUCGAGCCGUUCGAGCCGUCAUGUCAUUUGAGAUGGUAAAAACGGAGGAAGAUCUGUACAACGAGCUAAGUUGGUGCUAUAUGUAUAAACGUUUGUGAGUUGUGUCUACAUAUAUCCACGGGUGUGAUUGAUAAGCUUCGGCUGAAAGGAAGAAUUGAGACAUCAAAUUACUUGACAUGAAAUUAGACAUUAAAAAAUACCUACCUACC